AUGUCCAAUAGUAGAGUUGACUCUGGUGCAUUUUGCGAAAUAUGUAUAAAGUGUAAAGAGAGGUUACCGGGUAAUCAAUGGUGUCAACAAUGUGAGAGUACUUACUUUAAAGGUGCUUUUAAAUCAUGGACUAGUGGUAAUCAUGAGUUGGAUAAAUUUAUAAGAAAAACGCAAUUGAAGGCUAUCGAUCGCGCUGAUUACUUGGAAUGGAUCCCUUAUGAAAGGAUUGAAGAUAUUAAAUUUAUCGCGUACGGUGCUUACGGAAGACCAUACACGAAAGCUUCCGAUAUUUAUAGUACUGGUGUUUUAAUGUGGGUUAUCUCUUCGGGUAAACAACCAUUUGCGAAUCGUGGUCAUGAUUUUCAACUUCAAAUAGACAUUUGUAAUGGUAUUCGACCAGAUAUCACUCCAGACACUCCUCAAUUUUAUCAAGAGUUAAUGGAAAGUUGUUGGAAUCAAGAUCCAAAACAACGUCCAACUAUUCAAACCAUACAAUUGGAUCUUAAAGACUUUAUCAAAGGUUCCGGAGGUGCUCGUAAACAGAUUGAAGAAGCCGAAAAAAUACGAUUGGAAUUACAAUCGGAACAGUUUAUCAUAACAAGCCCUCCGGAUACACAUAAAGCCUAUUAUACCACCAGAGAAAUAAAG